GCGCCGGUACAGCCGUCAGUCUGAAAAGGACCACGCAAAGUGGUUGCCGUGAGUUCGAUCUGCCGAGAGAGAGAAAGAGAGAGAGAGAGAGAGAGAGAGAGAGAGAGAGGGAAGGAGCACUGUGGAAAGAAAGAAAGCCAAGUAGUCUAGUGUGUUUUGCGGACUUAACCGCACUGUGAACAAUCAUAAUAGAUUGUUUAAUUCAAGUCUCGAUUUUAAUUUCUAUUUUCAAUAAUAGUGAAUACUCUCACGGUCUAGUAUAAUAGUGUGCGCGUCUCGACGGCGACGUUUUUAUAUAUAUAUAUAGAGAAUAUAUAUAUAUAUACAGUGCGUGUGUGUGUCUCGUGCGUGCGGAUAAACGCAGUUCGACCGCGCUACCGGUUUCUGUCUCUCGUUUUGUGUUUCGACUAGGAUAAUAACACGCCGUUUUCUUGAAAGAGAAGUUGUGACGGAGAAAGUGUUUGCGACACGAGGUACAAGAGUGACAAGGAAGGAAAAAAAGUGACUGGCAAACGUUUGAGAGGAGGUGGCGACCGUGGAGGAACAUACGACGACAACGACGACGUGCUCAGGAGUGUCAGAUUGUUUUCUCACACAACGGUGGAGCAAAACGGCCUCAAACUGUGGGGCUCUGGGGCGUUUUUCCUUCCUCCGCAAGGAAUGUACUACCCUCACAUGGUGCAGACAGGGAUGGCUGCGCCCUACGGUGGGGGAGUCUUUCCUCCUCCGGUGAAUGGGGUCGCAGGGGUUGUGGGUUCAGCAGGUGCUGCUGGAGAUGUAAAACCACCACCCCCAGUUCCUGUUAAAGAAGAACCGAGUGGAGCACCACAACAACCAACACCUGGAGGACCACAAGUACCACCUCCAACUGGAGCACCACAUACAGCCACACCUGGUCAACCAACUGCAACCAGUUUCAGUCCACCACCACCAACCAAUGGUGUUGACCAACAAGCAAUUACGGAUGUAUUUCAGGCAGCGGUAGCAGCUGCUGCGGCCGCAGCUGCAGGAGGUGGAGCACAACAACCAGCACCAACACCAGGAGGCAACGAUGCAAGUCCGGAUGCUGGUGAUGCUGGAAGCUUGGUACCUGUAACUUCCGGUGCAACGACGCCGGCAACAGCAACACAAGGAACAGACCUCAAGGGACAACCAAAACGUCUUCACGUCAGCAACAUACCUUUCCGCUUUCGAGAUCCCGAUCUUAGGGCAAUGUUUGGACAAUUUGGUGCGAUUCUGGACGUAGAAAUCAUAUUUAACGAGAGAGGCAGUAAGGGAUUCGGUUUUGUAACAUUCGCAAAUAGUGCUGACGCGGACCGGGCACGUGAGAGGCUACACGGCACCGUGGUUGAGGGCAGAAAGAUUGAGGUGAACAAUGCAACGGCACGAGUGCAGACGAAAAAACCACCAACGGUUCCAAACGUUCUUCUGGCUAGAGACGGAUCGGUGCCAGGACUCGUGUGCGUCCAGUGGCCAGAGGCUGCUGCACUAAGAGGAGUUUCUAUUCAACGUGGACGAGUUGGUACAGCUAGAGCAGCAUUUCCAGCAAGUGCUGCUGCACUUGCACUUGCCAGGAACCCAGGGCCACUUGCAGCUGCUGCUGCAGCAACGGCCCUGCAUCCAUUUGCACCUGCUGUCUACUACGAUCCCUUCCUAGCAGCUCACGCAGCGACGCAGGACCCUAACUACAGGCUACAGCUGGAAUGGCCGCAAGCAACAGCUGACGCCGCAGCAGCAGCCGCUGCAGCAUCACCCCUCUUGAAGACGCCAUUGUCAACAGCCCAGCAGGCCAGUUACGCGGCGGCAGCUACAUACACAGCAGUUGCUGCACGAGCUGCAUAUGGAGCAGCUGCAGCUGCAGCACAACCAGUCGCAGGAUACGCAGCAGUUGCCGGUUAUGGUCGUGAAUAUGCUGAUCCUUACCUUGGACAUGGUAUUGGACCUGUUGCUGGUUAUGGGGCGACUGUCUAUCGAGGUGGAUACAACAGGUUCACACCUUAUUAAGGAAAUAAGGAAGCACAUCAAAGCCUUCCAGUAAAAAAAAAUAAUUACAUCCAGCAAAAAUCAUGACCAGAAAGAAACACACAAUCAUCAAAAUCCAUUACAAAAAGAAAAGAAAAAUAACACGAUGCCUGAACCUUCUGAUCUGUCGAUGUCAUUUUAUAAAAAAAAAAAAAUUAAACACUUCAAGACAUCAAUAAUUCAAGUUCUUUCAAGAUGGGAACUUAUUCUUCAGCGCAUCAAUCGUAAAUUUUCAUCUCUUACACAUUGUGACGAAUAUUGUACGUCGAAUUAAGCCAAAUUAUAAUGAUAGUAAUUCUCGAUUAGAUAAUAGAAAAAGUCACACAGAGAAAGAUGCGUUAAGGAGAGCCUCGAUUAAAUUCUCAUUUAUAUUUAUAUUUUUUUUUCUCUUGAUGUUGUAUCGUUCAAAUAGAAAUUGUCAGCUCGUUUCCAAAAAAAAAAAAAAAGAAAAUGGCAGCCAUAAUUGACAUAAAUUAAAGGUUCAGACGUCGUGAAAUAAUUGUACAAUUCGUGAAAAUGAAUUGUAAAAAAAAAAUGAAUAUAUAGUUGUAUAGUCAAAUUUACAAAAGACUUGGAAACUAUUUUGUAGAUAAUCUAAGGAGACUUUUUUUGUACAAAGCUUAACUUCUUAGAUAUUUUUUUUUUAGUAGCCUUUUUUUACUUGUUUAUUUUUUUUAUAUAUAUAUUUUUUUUUGUUCAUAAUUUACAAAUGGCUAAAAUAGAUUUUGAGCCACGUUGAGAAAGAAAGAGAGCGAGAGAUUAGUAUAAAUAAUAGUCGAUUUGGCUGCCGUUCUUAAAAGAACGAAAUCUGAUUGAUUUCCGUCUGAACGAAUUUGCAACGUUCGCGAAAGUCAGAAAAAUUCCGAUUGUUUUUUUUUUUUUCUUUAGGAACGCGCAAAAGUUGGUAGAUUUCCAUGCCAAAUAUAUGUGAGUGUGUAUGUGUGUAUGUAGAUUGCGAACCAAACGUUAAGUACUGUAGUGUAGAUUUUAUUAUUAUUGAUAUAAUAAUAAUAAUCUAGACCGAACUACCGGAUUCUGGUAAACAGGGUCUAGUCACUAUUCUCUACCGGGUUCUAAUCAAACGAUUUUACUCAUAGUUUUGCAUUCGAUAUUACUAUUAAUGAUCCUAACACUGUAUAGAUAAUUUCACUCUAUAUAUAUUUAUAUAAAAUAUAUAAUACGUCAAACACUCCCAAGAAAACUGUAUCAAUCGUUUAUUUCACUUCUAAAUUGACGUUCGACAAUUUUUCAUUUAUCUUUUUUUUGGCGCUUUUCAUUUUUCUCUAUUUGAAAUUUAUUCAUUUAUUUCUUUUUAGCGAUUUGAAAUAGAAUUUAAAAUAGAAUUAAAAAAAAAAAAUGAAUUUACAACAGAAUUUGAAACAAAAUUUUAAAAAAUAAUUUCAAACAGAAUUCCAAAUAGAAUUUAAAACAGAAUUUCAAAUAUUUUAUUUCAAUCGAAUUGAUUCUGAAAUUCGAAAUUAACAACGAAACAAAAUAAAUAUCGAAACGAAAGAAAUUUAAAAACAAAAUUUGAUAAAUAUUUUGUAAUUUAAAAAUUUAAAUAAAAUAGUAUAAAUAGAUUUUUAAAAAAUUUUAGUCGAACAAAUUACGAAACGUAUUUAUUUUCUACAUAAAAUUUUUUUUUCUUUUUUUAAUUAUUAUAUAAAGACUAAUUUUUUUUUAAAUUGUUAUUUUAUACAUAGCAUUUUUUGUAACAGAAAAUUGUAAUCUACAAAAUAACAAAAUUAAAACGAAAAUUUAUGUAAUAAUUAAAAAAUGGAAAAAAAUAACAAAGUAAAAGAAAGAAAAAUUUUCAGUUUUCAAAACAAAGAAACUAAUUUUGUUUUCAAAUGUAAAAAAGCAAUUAGACAAAAAUGGUAAAUAAUUAAAGUAACAAAAGUAAAAAUAUUUGUUUUCUUUUUAAAUACAAGUAUUUGAAAAAAUUUUCUGAUACCGAAUCGAAAAACUUUUAUGUUUUCUUGCUUUGAAGAAACAAAAAAAAAGAAAUAAUGAAAUUUAAAUAAUAAUAAUCUAAAAAAAUGAUUAGAUUUCACGAAUGUCAAUUUAGAACGUUGAAAGCGAAACACCAAAGUGAUUUUCCUCCCAUUUUCGCCAUGAAAUCGACGCGUGGGCUACAUUAAAAAAAAAAAAAAAAAAUGAAAAAAAAUAGCUUGAGCGUCGCUUCGAGAAACCAAAUCGAACAUGUAAUUUAUUUAUUUCUUAGCUAGGCAGUAACGAACAUGACACAAAUUUAUAUGACAUAAUUCAUAAAUGGAUCCAUUAAAGUAUACGUAUAUAUAGAAUCUCGCAGCUAAAGAGGAAAAGAGAGAGACGCUAUUAUUAAAUGAUCGAGGUUCGUAACUAAGUAUGUACGUGAUUGUGUACGUAACUUCUUUUUCUAAAGUUAAUUUAAAAAAAGAAAAACUACAAGGUGUGCAUGUAAAAUUUUUAAAAGCAAAAAAAAAAAAAAUAUCACUUUUAAUCGAACAAGAAAACAAACGCGCAAACGGCUUAGUUCAAAAUCGAAAGUAAAAAAAAAAUAAUUUUGAACAAUGCCGAUUUAAAACAAGCGAACAAAUGGAUUUGAAAAGAAAAGUAAGAAAAAAAAUUGAAAUUAAUUUACGCACAUUGAACAAGGAAUGAGUGAUAUUCGUUAAAUUUAUCGUUUAUAUAUAAAAAAAAAAAAUAAGUCUGUACGAGUGUUGCUGAGAAUGAGAGAAAGACGAAUUAGCCAAAUAUGACAAAGAUAUGUUAGCAGGUACGUUAUGGCUAGAGCCGUUCGUUACGUUUUUAAUCUAAUCUAAGUUGGCUUUAGAGAAGAAGAAAAGAAAAAUCUCCGCAUGAGACGAAAUCGCACGAUCGCCAGAUUGUAAAUAAAAAAAAAAGAAUAACAAGCACAAAUCGCGAGAAAGAGGCGAAGGGAUUUUGGGGGGAAGAAAUAAAUCUAGUAGAAGCUAAAAAAAAAAAACUCUUGACAUACUCACAUAAUUUAACGAGCGUAGUUUAACUUACAUUUAAAUAAUGCGAAUGUAUCUCUGUUACAUAAAAAAAAAAAAUCAGUCACUGUUACUCUCUCGCGAUCGCAAAGACACUCAGAAAAAAAAAUUUUACUCUGGUGCUAGAAUAUUGUAAAAUCUGUAAAAUGAUUGAAAAAAAAACCGUGUAAAAGCAAAAAAACAAAUUUUUGAAUUUUAAAUAUUGUAGAAAUAAUCGGAGCAACUGGGCGAUUGCGAGAGACAAAGAACAAAAUAAAAAAUCGCGACUAGCCCUUUAAUUACCCCCUGUAUAUUAUAAAAUGUAAUUACAAUUUAUACUUACUCAUUAAUUGAUAAUAUUUGUCGGUAGGCUAUUAAAGUUUAGCGUGUAGUCAAUAAGUCAAGCUCAAAUUAGGCAAUUAAACGCCCCCUGCAGAGCCAUUUCUUUUUUUUAUUGUUAUAUAUAUAUUUGUCAAUGUGCACAAGAAUUUUUUUUUUUUUUUAGAAUUUUUUUUUCCAUUUUGUUAAAGAGAUCAUCUUACGACUGGCCUACGCUGUUUAUAGUUUCUGUAUAGAUAAUUCGUAUGUAACUUACGUUUCUUUUUAUAUAUUCAUUUUUGCCAUUUAAAAAUGAUCCUUUUUCUGUCGAAACUUUAAUAUUAAUUAUAUUGUGCGAACGAUUAAUUCUCUCGCGAUAAAGAAUGAAAAUCUAUGAAAAUUGUCAAAAAAAAAGUCGUCUGCGAGUUUGUAAUAGUUUCUUAUAUUAUAUAAAUACUCAUUUUUUUUUGUGUAAACCAGUUUUUUUUCUAUUAAAACUUUUAUCAAUUAUUUUACUUCUUUUAUUGAAAUUUUUCUUUUCUGUACUUGAAUUAUUUAUUUUUUUGUCGAUGAUUUGAAAUCGAUUACAAUUGGAAAAAAACAAUUUCCAAAAGAGGAAUUUUUAAAUAAAUUUUAAUUGAAAAUUAAAAUUUACAUAAUAAAAUCAAAAAAUAGAAAAAAAUAAAUAUUUCUAGAAGUUAAUGCCGAAGUAAUAUUAGAAUAAAAAUUUGGAAACAAAGAAUCGGAACAAAAAUUAGUUCAACUGUGUAUUUUUGUAUAUUUAGAGAAAAAGAUGAUUUAAAUUUUAAAAAAAAGCUUCGAUGAAAUUUUAAACAAUUUAAUUUUAAAAACUUCAAACAAUUAGAAAUUGCAAUUUAAAAUUUCACCGAAACUUUUUUAAUAAUUUUAAUCAUCUUUUUCUUUAAGGCUAUGUGAUUGUCGCAAAAUAUUUGAUAGAUUGAGCUAAAAUUUUGUGAAUAACUCAAAAAUAGUAUAAAGAUUCGUGCCAAAGUUUAUAAAUUUAUUUUGUCAAAAAAAAAAUAUAUAUAUAUUUUUAAAAAAUUGCAUAUUUAAAGGAAAAUUUAAUAUGUCGGCAAUACAAUUUUAAUUAUUUUCCCAAAUGUGGAAUUUGUUAAGAAUCAAUUUUUUUCGACAUAAUAUUAAUAAACUUUGUCACAUGACAACGAAUAUUUAUACUAUUUUUGAGUUCUCCACAAAAUUUUAGCUUAAUUUAUCAAAUAUUUUGCGAGAAAACCUGCGGAGAAUAUUUUCAUGUGAAAUCACAACAAUCACACAAACUUAAAAAUACACAGUUGGACUAAUUUUUAUUACAAUUUUUUGUCUUUUUUUCCCUUAAAUUUAAUUAUUUAAAAAUGACUUUCAAAAAUAAAAAAAAAUGUAAAUUUUUAAAUUGAGCAUUUUUUUUUAAAAAAAGGACGAUAUUUGAACUUAAUUUCAUAAUUAAAAUCAAAUUUUUGUAGAUGGAAGCCUCUAGAGAACAAAUUUUGUUGUCCUAAUUAAAUAUUCGAAAAUUAUAAAAUAUUUUUAACAGAUUUCUAGUAUUUUUUUUUGCAACGAAUUUUGAUAAAAAUAUAUGCAAACGACUUUUUAUAAUUUGCAUAGAAAUUCAAGAAGAGAUAUUUGUGAAUAAUUGAUUCUUGUAUUUUUUUUUUAUUUAUUUAUUUCGAUGAAGACAAUUAUUUGUAAUUGAAGAAAGAGAGAGAGAGAGAGAUUAAAGUCGAUUUUUCAAAUUGCAGGGGUCAUGUAAUUAUCGAAUUACACAAAAAGAAAAAAGAUUUUUGAACCUCCUACUAUCGAUGCUGGUUUCACAUCGUCUAAAGUCUAGCAGUAUACAAUGUAAAAUAUUCAAUGAUACGCACCUUAUAAUAUAUAUAUAUAUAUAUAUAUAUAUAUACGAUAAAAAGAAAUUUUUAAACAACUAGGCGAAUACAUGACUACGUAAAUGACACAUCUUACGAACAACAUAUCUUUAGCAAUACGAUGCAAGUUGCUGCCCAAAACUCCAUCUAAAAAAAAAAAUUAAAAUUAAACUCAACCGUGUGUUUUCUAUUUAAAUAAAAAUCAUUCAUGGAAAUCAAAUUUCCUAUCAAUUAAGUAUAUCUCUCUCUGCUUUAGUAUUUAUUUUUUGCAGUAAUUUCUCUCUCGCAAAAAAAAAAAAUUCCACUCCCAAUGUCUGGGAAGAGGGGAAAAAAAAAUUGACGAGAAUGGAGAAUUUAUUUAAAAUGAUCUAUUUUUUCAAUGAAUGCUUAUAGAAAAAGGAAAUUUGACUUCCAAAGAAAUGAUCACGAGUUGGACAGCAUCUUGUUGUGUUUUGAAUUAUUAAAUAAAAAAAAAAAGAGAUGUUCCAUGACAUUAGAGCGUUACAUUGUAGAAUAUGUGCGUGUGUAAAGUAUUGAGUGAAAAAAAAAUAAACAAAAUUAAGAUCGAAUAAAUCAGCCAGAAGUACACUCUCUAAUCUUAAAGUAGCAUUGAAGACAAAAAGUAACAGCUAUGCCAUUGUUUUCGCUUCUUGCAGUGUAAAUGAAUGCAAAUGAACAAAAAAAAAAAAAAAAAAAUUAUAUAUAUAUAAAAAAAUAAAAAUAAACUCCAGUUGUGUAUUCACGGUGAACGCUCGUUAACGAGUCUAUGCAUUAAAAUUCUCUGGUAUAGAAUAAAAACUAUGCCAUUUAAAAGAGUUGCACACGAGAAAUGUUUAAUUGACAAUUAAUAAUAAUAAUAAUUGAUAAAUAAAAAAUAAAAAAAAAAAAAAGUAAAUAUUGUACGACUCGAAAUUUUGUUGCAAGUACUGACAGGAAUGUAAUAAGGUGUCACCGGGAACACCUUUAUCAAUAUCUGAUUUGAUGAUAUUCUGUAAGUCUGGACCAGUUGUUAGGUUCUUAUUACAUACUCCAAUAGCGAGUUCUUAUGGCGUAUUUUCUCUGUAUAUUGUCAAUGUUUAUUAUUAAAUAUUUUUCAAAUAA